UCAACACUUUUCUAACUCUAACGCUAAACAGCGCCGCUCGUAUCGGAGGGAAGCCGCGGGAUCGUACGUUUGGAUGGUUUAAUUUUAGAGUGUCGUCGUUGGCCAUGACCACGAGAGACGGACACACGGGCUAGCGUCGGCAAGACGGAACGUGAAACGGUACGUAAUAUGGGCCGCGGCGUGAGACGAAGCGGGAGGUAAGAAAAGCCAAGCAGAAGGCGAGGAGGCCAGAAGCACCGGGUGACGAGUCUCGCGCAUUCUCUCGGCCGAAUGUGUCCGUUGCAUCGCGAAGUCGAAAGGGAUCGCGCCCGGCAGUUGGCCAAGAGAUUGCCGCGUAAACCCCGCCGUUCCACGAGGCACGUAAAGGCAUUCGCGCGCGUGCCACGCUCUGGAGGACGAUCGAUCGCGGACCAUGGAGCAGGAGAACGGGGACGUGAAGCCGGAGGAUCAAAAGGACGAGGAGGAGGAGGAUGGCACGUUCGACGAGACGGCCAGCUUUCCCGAGCUGGAGCGCACCCAAACCGGCCGGAAGACCAGCAUCUUCAAAUAUUAUGCGUUCAAGGAGAAAGAUACAAUGCCGAGCUCGUCGAAGAAACCGGGUCCCCUCGUUGGAGUAAUUGACGUUGGCACGCGAACUGUUCGCUUUGUGGUGUUCAACGCGAAACACGUGAACGAAGUCGCGUCCCAUCAUAUCGAUAUCGAACAAUUCAGUCCUCAGGAGGGAUGGGUGGAACAGGAUCCCAGAGAGAUCCUUUUCGCGGUGAAGGCGUGCAUCAAGGACGUCGUGCGGAAAUUCGACGUCCUUGGACUGAACAUGGAGGAGCUGGUGACGAUCGGUAUCACCAAUCAGAGGGAAACGACCCUCGCGUGGGAUUCAACGACCGGUGAACCGUUAUACAACGCCAUAGUGUGGUCCGAUAUAAGAACAGUGUCCAUCGUCGACCAGAUAAUCGCCAAGUUUCCUGAUCAGAGCAAGAAUCACAUAAAACCGUUGUGUGGUUUGCCGGUCAGUCCCUAUUUCUCAGCGCUGAAGAUCCGCUGGAUGAAAGACAACGUGCCAGCGGUCAAGAAAGCGAUUCGCGACAAGAGGUGCAAAGUUGGCACGAUGGACACCUGGAUCGUCUGGAAUUUAACCGGUGGCAAAGAUGGCGGAUUGUACAUCACUGACGUGACAAACGCCUCGAGGACCAUGUUGAUGAACAUAGAAACCCUCUCGUGGGACCCCACGUUGUGCAGAUAUUUCGACAUUCCUAUGCAACUGUUGCCAGAAAUCAGGAGCAGCGCCGAGAUUUAUGGGGACAUCACCAUUGAACCCCUAAAGGGCAUCCCCAUAUCAGGUAUUUUAGGAAACCAGCAGUCCGCCUUGGUCGGGCAGAAUUGUCUGAAAAAAGGCCAGGCGAAGAACACGUACAGAAGCGGAUGUUUUUUGCUGUGUAAUACAGGAACGACUAGGGUGUAUUCGUCCCACGGGUUGGUCACGACCGUGGCCUAUCAGUUGGGCCCAAAAAAUCCGGCAGUGUACGCGUUGGAGGGCUCGGUUGCUGUUGCGGGAGCUGCCAUUAAAUGGCUACGCGAUAACAUGAAGCUCAUAAAAGAUGUCCACGAAAGCGAGCAUCUAGCCCAAAGCGUGUUCAGCACCGGUGAUGUUUAUUUCGUGCCAGCUUUUACGGGACUGUACGCUCCAUAUUGGAGGAAAGACGCUAGAGGAAUUAUUUGCGGUCUCACCGCGUUCACCACGAAGCAACAUAUAAUAAGAGCAUCGUUGGAAGCUGUGUGCUUCCAAACAAGAGAUAUUUUAGAAGCUAUGUACAAAGACUGUGGUUUUCCAUUGACCAAAUUACAAACGGAUGGAAAAAUGUCAACCAACAAUCUUCUGAUGCAGUUGCAGGCAGAUCUUUGCGGUACACCAGUAUUCAGGUCAACUAUGCCAGACAUCACAGCGUUAGGAGCAGCAAUGGCGGCCGGUUCUGCCGAAGGGAUCGAGGUCUGGGAAUUCGAGGGCGAGGAAGUAGAAACAGUAACGACGGAUACGUUUCUGCCAACGACUACUCCAGAAGAGAGAGAUGCUAGGUAUAAAAAAUGGAAGAUGGCGGUCGAAAGAAGCUUGGGCUGGGCGGCAGUUAAGAGGUCGGACCAAAUGACAGACGAGAGAUACUUCGUUCUGGCGUCGAUCCCUGCGAGUUGGUUCUUAAUGGCGAGCUUCGUCUUACUACGAUUAAGUUAUUAUUUCGAAAGUCGGUGACAGCACGUUCACGUUAUCGCAAUGGAGAUCCAGUUAGAUGGCAGGUAGCCUAUAUUUUAAUUGCAAUCGCAAGUAGAAACAAGGCUGUCGGAACUUAAUUAUCAAUAGUAGAUCAGACCUGUCGACAUCAGUAACAAAUUUACAGAACAGAAAAUAGUACAAAAAGUUUGUUCGAAAUCAGUAAAAACCACUAAUAUUUAAGCUUGCCGACAAAAGGUUCAAUAAUAAAUUAAAAGAAGCGCGAUAUGACAGAACGAGGAGGCCGAGCAAGCAACUGAUUUUCACGGUAAACGUUUCAAGAAAAAUAAUAGCAAUUCGAAUUCAGACGAUGAUUCGUUUUUUUCCCCGCAAACGUUCUAUCGUUAGUCGAUACAAGAUAACGUGGUAUUUCAUGAAGCAUUACGAUCAAAGUAGGCAAAGUACGAGGUAUAGAACCGCGUCACAGUUAUGUAUAA